AUGAGACCUGAAACUCUUUCCAAACUUCUUCUCUGUGUUGCAUUUUCACUGCCCAACGCAGUGCACAUUCAAACAGCUAAUCAGCCCCCGACUCCGUCAGUGCCAGUGAUUGUCUCAGAGGUGACAGGUAACACUGUCUACCUGAAGUGCAGCUUCGAGAGCAGGUCUAACAGCUCCCUGGGUUAUGUGGUGGCCUGGUCUCGCCUCUCACCUGAGGGCAGGAAGGAGGAGCUCAAACAGGAGACCACAAUCCAGACCUUCGCCUUUAUCGAGCUCGACGGCUUCAACCUGCGAUUAGGAGACAAGAUUUACUGCUCCAGCUCCAGUUUCUUCUUGGACUCGCCCAGUGUCCGGGGUAUUUCAGUGGAAAGUCAGGAGUUCUUUGCUGGGAUCAGGUUAAGACCAGAGGCGAGCAGUGUAUCUGAGGAUGGCAGAUUGUAUGAGAUGGUGGUCGAGAGCACGGUUCCUCUUCCAUGUCCAGAAGGGUCUCCAGCUUCUGCAGAGCAGUGCACUCUGUCCCUGCAGCUCAGCACAACAAAGGAUGGUUUGCUGGGUGCGGAUCUGUCCCUGUCUUCCUGUGUCGUGGAUCUGUCUCAGGGUCCCUGUCGCGAGAGCAUUUGUAGCCGGGCUGUGAUCCACUUCAGUCCUGUAACCGACUUUGUUAAAGAUGGCACCAGGACAACUGAGAUCACUGUUAAACCCAUCGCCACACAAAACUUUCUUUGGAACGGAUACUCACCAAAACCUGUCCAGAUAACAGUUAAAGAUGUUCCCUCAGCCUACUGCUACUCCUUCACUGAUCCUCACAUAAUCACAUUUGAUGGCAGAUACUAUGACAACUACCAAAUAGGCACCUUUGUCCUGUAUAAGAGCACCUUUUGGCCUUUCGAGGUCCACGUCCGUCAGUGGGAGUGCGGCAGCGUUGUGCAUGCCGCCUCGUGUGUGUGCGGCUUUGUGGCGAGGGAUGGGGGAAAUGUUAUUGCUUUUGACAUGUGCAAUGGGGAAACGGGUGAAACCAAGCCUCAACUGUCUGUGAAGAACAGAGACUUGAGUGAGAGCCGCAUUCGGAUCACAGAGUCCUACCAAGGACGCAAAGUCACUAUGACCUUCUCUUCUGGAGCAUUUGUUCGUGCUGAUGUAUCUGACUGGGGAAUGAGUCUGACACUGAGAGCCCCCAUUUCCGACUGGAGGCACACUGAGGGUCUGUGUGGGACCUAUGAUGGACAAUCAGACAAUGACUUCCACUUAGCAGGGGGCGCCAAACUGGAGAAUCUACAUGCUUUUAUCUCUGAAUGGAGGUUACCCCCAGGCAACAGCCUGUUUGACACUGUACCAUCCCAUAUUAGUACACUGAACUCCCGCAGGCACUGUACCUGCCAGGAAGAGAUGCCCCGCUUCUCAUUUCCCAGAGCCCCGUCUCAGCCAAUUAGCUCAUCCGACCCCAGCUGCUCUAAUCACGGCAACAUACGUUUCCCCAGUGUCAUCCCAACUCUGGACGUCACAGCCGAGUACAUCACCUCUGUGGAACUGCUCAUUUCAGCCUCAGCUCACCAACAACCCAGAGGCAGACGCAGUGCCCAACGUUUCAUUUCUAACUCCCCACAUCAAAGUCUCAGCCAGUCUGAUCUGGAAGGCGUUACCUACUUUUUCCCAGAAGACCACGAACCUGCAGUUCAGCCAGAAUCUCCCCUAACGUGGCCCACACCCUCUGGCCUCACCGAGCAGCAGGCCCAGGCCCAGUGCCGGCAGACUGUGGCAAACUCAAGCAUAGUGAUGGGUUGCAGGCACCUGCUGAAAGAAUUAAUAGUUAACCAUGCCGUGACCAUGUGUGUUACUGACCUACAGCUAAAGGACGAGCAGUUGUGGUUGAAUGCGACUAUACCACUGCUGGAGAACGAGUGUGAGAGGAGGCUGCUGGAGGAGGGGGAGGGAGAAGAGAAGUACCAGGAUGCUGUGGCCAUCCUGAAGUGUCCAAAUCUUUGCAACGGGAACGGCCAGUGCUCAAACUGGGGUUGUGUGUGCUUCCCAGGAUUUGGCUCCUAUGACUGCAGUGUGCUUUCUGACCAGAUCCCAGAGAUCACUACGCUGCAGAAGGAUGGUCUAUGCGAUGUCCGUCAGGGAAACUGCACCACCGUCAACAUCCAUGGUCAGGGCUUCAAGGACUCCUACGAGCUCAAGUGUGAGUUUGUUAAAGAAAAGUUUGUGGAUGGGGAGUGGGUUCUGGAUGAGCCUCAGUUUGUGUUGGCCACUUUUCUGAAUGACACGGCUUUGGAGUGCCAGCUCCCCCUGGAGGACAGCUGGGUUUCUGCAGGCAUGGACUUGGAAACGGUAGCAAACAGACCACUGGCCCGCUGGCAAAUUAAAGUUUCCAAUGAUGGUUACAGCUACAGCAAUGCAAAGAUACUAACUCUUUACGAUGGAGCCUGCCAGAUGUGCAGCCUCAGGACUGAAGUCGUCUGUACCCUGAGGGAGAAAACCUGUAACAUUGAUGGCCUGUGUUACGAUGAGGGGGAGUCCCCUCCCAGCAGCCCCUGCCUCGCAUGCCGUCCAGACUCAUCCAGACACACCUGGUCCAUUGCAGAGAACAAUGAACCUCCUCUGCUCCAGUCGCUGACUUUGCCUCUGCAGUCCUUUCAGGGGGAGAAUUUCAUUUACCAGCUAAAUGCUCGAGACCCCGAGGGCUCCACGGUUCGUUUCACCUUGCUAUCAGGCCCUGAAGGGGCAUCUCUGUCUCCAGCUGGUCUGCUGAUGUGGAAGGCCACAGCUGAACCCACCAACAGACACACUUUCCAAUUCACUGUGACUGACGACUGCAACGCUGAGACCAGAGCCUCUGUAGAGGUGUUUGUGCGCUCCUGUGAAUGCCUGAACGCUGCUUCAUGUGUCGCCAGUGUCAACCUCCCUGCCGGCAGUGGGGAAUAUGUGUGUGUGUGUCCUGAUGGAUUUACAGGGAGGAGGUGUGAGGUGGACAUAGACGACUGUAAACCAAAUCCCUGCAGACUGGGUCUCUGUAUAGAUGGGCUCAACUCCUUCUCCUGUGUAUGCCCACCUGGAAUGACAGGGCGUACAUGCAGAGAGGAUAUAGAUGAGUGUGUCUCACAGCCUUGUUUCCCUGGGGUGGGCUGUAACAACACGGUAGGCUCUUUUUUUUGUGGAUUGUGCCCACAAGGAUACAGCGGUGAUGGGAAAGACUGCAUAAUGAGGGUACCACAGGUUUCGUUGAGGUCCAAACCGUCGGGUGUGUCGCCAUGCUCCAGAGGGCCGUGUUACCCAGGGGUGCAGUGUUUCGAGAGCAUCCAUGUUUCAGCAGGCUUCGUCUGUGGACCCUGCCCUGCUGGUCUGCAAGGAAAUGGCCAGAAAUGUACAUCAGCAGGUGAGAUCACCAGUGGAGCAGACAGUUAUUUUCACGUCACCAGAUCAAAUUCCACUUCCACCUCUUCCUCCUCAAACAGACGACCUCCUGACAGGAGGACAAGACCAGAAGCAACAAAUAUCAGGAGACUUUCUCCUGCUGACAGAAAAAGCACAGCGACUUCACAGGAUCAAACCACAGUCAGAACAUUUGCUCCCACUGUCCACAGGGGUCAGCCCAGUGGGGUGGAUUUGACCCCUGACCUCUCCACGGGGAUCAGAUGGGGGUCAGCAGCUCCCCAUGCGACCUGUGCUGACUCUCCCUGCUUCCCGGGUGUCUCUUGUGAGCCCAAUGUAUCUGGGUCCUUCAGUUGUGGCCGCUGCCCUUACGGUUACACCGGAGAUGGAGUCACAUGUAAAGUUGUUUGCAGGUAUCCGUGUGGGCAGAACAUGGAGUGCACUCUACCAAACACUUGUACCUGCAAAGACGGUUACACUGGAUACAGCUGCCACAUAGCCAUUUGCCGGCCUGACUGUAAAAACCGGGGGAAGUGUGUGAAACCAAAUGUGUGCAAAUGUCCUGCAGGCUACGGAGGGCCCACCUGUGAGGAAGCGAGCUGUGAGCCGCCCUGUCAGCAUGGAGGUACCUGCCUGGCUAGAAACCUCUGUACCUGCUCCUACGGCUACGUGGGACCACGAUGUGAAAUCAUGGUGUGUAACAGGCACUGUGAAAAUGGAGGUGUGUGUGUUUCUCCUGAUGUCUGCAAAUGCCAACCUGGCUGGUACGGACCGACGUGCAACUCAGCGCUCUGUAAACCCGUCUGUCUGAAUGGAGGAACCUGUGUUAAGCCUAACGUAUGUGCCUGUCCCAGUGGUUUCUUUGGCUCCCAGUGUCAAAUUGCUGUUUGCAAUCCUCCUUGCAAGAAUGGAGGUCAAUGUAUGAGAAACAACGUGUGCUCCUGCCCUGAAGGCUACACAGGAAAAAGGUGUCAAAAGAGUGUGUGUGAGCCAAUGUGCAUGAACAGAGGCAAGUGUGUGGGACCCAACACCUGCUCCUGUGCUUCUGGAUGGAGAGGGAAGAGGUGUAACAUACCUGUGUGUCUACAAAAGUGUAAAAAUGAUGGCGAGUGUGUAGGACCAAACACCUGCCACUGUCCCGCUGGCUGGGAAGGCCUUCAGUGUCAAACAGCGGUGUGUAAACAGCGGUGUCUGAAUGGAGGGAGGUGUGUGCUGCCUGACUACUGCCACUGUCGGAAAGGCUACAAGGGACUGACUUGUGCAAUAAAGGCAUCACAAGCAUGAUGGCGAACAAAUCUGGAAUGUGACUAAAGAAGCCACAAAGAACAAAGAGAGCACCAUAACCUGUGGUGUGUACGAGUGAGAGCGUGGAUACUGGCAUGUGCUGUAAUGUGUGGCUGUGUGCACAUUAGAACAGUAACAGAGCGAUUUGAUAUAUUGCACUUGUCUUUUCCUGUCUGUGUAGAUCACUACCUCAAGGCUCAAAG